CGCGUUUCCUCCCGCCAAUCAGCGGCCGGCUAUUGAUGACGUCGCAUGGUGUUGGUGUGAUAGAAUAGAGCGGCAGUAAGUCAGGUUCUAUAGAGGAGCGGUAAGAUGUCACCUCCAGCCCCGGGCACUGAAAUACAGGACUCUAGGAGCAGAGAGGAGAAACGCACAGGGUACACUUAUGAAGAAUACAAACAGACUGCAGACUGGCUGCUGUCAAACACAGAUCAUCGCCCCACUGUAGCCAUUGUUUGUGGAUCUGGCCUUGGGGGACUUGGUGAACUCCUAAAGGACCAAGUGGCUUUCCAUUAUUCUGACAUCCCUAACUUCCCACAGAGCACAGUUCCUGGUCACGCUGGUCGCCUAAUAUUCGGCAAAUUGAAUGGGAAGUCAUGUGUUUGCAUGCAAGGCCGCUUCCAUUUUUAUGAAGGCUACCCAUUGUGGAAGGUGACAUUCCCCAUUCGUGUUUUCCGUCUCAUUGGAGUUGAAUCUCUUAUUGUCACAAAUGCUGCUGGGGGAUUGAAUGAAGACUACAAAGUGGGUGACAUCAUGGUGAUAAAGGACCACAUUAAUAUCCCUGGGUUUGCAGGAAAUAAUCCUUUGUCUGGCCCCAAUGAGGACAGAUUUGGACCCCGUUUUCCCCCCAUGUCAAAUGGAUAUGAUAAAGAGUUGAGGAAGUUGCUGUUAGACAUUGGCAGAGAGUUGGGUUUCACUGAGAAGCUGAAAGAGGGAGUCUACUGUGGAAUUGGGGGGCCCAAUUUUGAGACAAUUGCUGAAUGUCGAUUCCUAAACCGUUUGGGAGCAGAUGCUGUUGGGAUGAGUACGGUCCACGAGGUAGUCGUUGCUCGACAUUGUGGCCUGCAGGUCUUGGGCCUGUCUCUUAUUACAAACAAGGCUGUGAUGGACUACGAAAGUGAGAUGACUGCCAACCAUGAGGAAGUGCUCCAGGCUGGCAAGGACAGUGCCAAGUACAUGGAGAAACUAGUAUCAGCCCUUGUCCAGCGCAUGGAGUUGAACAAUAACCUGAUCUAGAAGAGAGGAAGACCAGAGCAGAUGAAACUGGCCACUGUACCCUCAUAUUGAUGUUCUUCUGCAGAAAUAUUGGCCAGAAUCACUUUCCUUACUUAUAACUAGUACUGUACAUCUCAUUCUUUUUACUGUCCUGUUAGCAUAAUUGAUUAAAUCUAACAACCUAGACACUCACUAACUUGUUUUCAAAAAAACAUUCCUCCUAUGAUUUCAUCUGAGCAUACACUCUCUUUCUUAUUUCAUAUUACCUUCUGUAGAUACUGAUAUUUAUUGUGUCUGGAAUAGCUGGUUCAGUCUCCCUUUCAUUUCGGACUUGUUUUAGGUCAUUAAUGAGAAGUAGAUAUGCACCUGUAUUUAUUAAAUUUAUGAGAACAUGUUACAUUUUAAACAAUUGUCACUAUAUAGAUAUUACUUUUGAAUUAAUUCCAGGUGAUUAUUUUGGUGGGAAACCAGAGUGUUUUUAGAAUUUAUGUGCUGGAUGCAUUUAUUUUGUAAUUACAACAUUUUUUAACUUUUCUUGUAUUUUAUUUUGUACUGUAAUGUGUGCUGUAUUUAUAUACUGUACCAAACUUUGCUAUUUUGUCACCAGCACAUUUUUUUUUUUUUAUUACAUUUCUACAGCCCAGGAUAACUUGAUAUCAGAAAGAGUCAGAAUUUAAUUGAUAAUCCUACCCAACCAGAAACUAAAACUAAAACAUGGCAAAAACUGUCUGAAAGAGACACCCUAGUUACCUUAACAAACAAAGCUUAUUGCAGGUUAUCUAUUAUAAGGUGCUCCCUGUUUUUUGUUUCUCUUCAGUUUACUCUGUUAAGUAUACAUGAAGGACAUUUUCCAUUAUGACAGCCUUUUACUUCUGAAGCGGUGUCACACCGCUUUAUUGCUCCUGCUAUAUGCCCAGCAACCCCAUGUUUGACAUCACAAGAGGAACAAAUGCUGCCCUUGACCAUACACAGACUUUCUGAGCAUGCUCUUAAAGUGAUAUCACAACCACCAAAACAAUCUAUGCUCAUUGCAAACACAAGUGUUGGCAAUUGCUCCCUGUUUCUGGCUCUCUUCAUCUUGUUCUUUAUCACUUUAUCUAUCUGCCCAGCCACCCUGUUUGCAACAUGACUGGAGGAACAUUUGCUUCCUUGACCAUACUCAGAGUUGCAUGUUAUUUGAACACAUGGGGUGUACACUAUUUAGAAGCAAGGGACGUAGUUAACUUCUAAAUAGUAAAGGGAUUAACUGGUGUUUACUAUUUAGUAGUGACUAGUGUAGACUCUUUCAUAGUUCUCUAUUGGGCGUUUUUUUUUGUACCUUGAUGAGUACCAUUCCUGAAUUUUAAUUAGCACAUGUGCAUGUAUGUGCUGAACUACAGCAAAUAAGUAACUAUCUGCUGCACAGGGCUACAUUGAUUGUAUACAGUGAUACCACAAAUGACGAUCUGAGGAUCAGGAUUGCCUGUUCACUUCAGAGUUCUAGCCAAACAAUAGAAAAUCAGAGGAGCAUUUUUAUUUUUAUUUUUUCAUCAAGUUGUUUUGACCAGAAGUUAUCACUCACUUACUGUACGUCAUCAAGGUGUGCAUCAAAUACCCUUUAAAAAAAUAAAAAAUAUAUAUAUAU